UGUGUUGAGCUUGAGCCAUCCCAAUUCCCAUUCCAAAUUCCGUAUAUCUAUCUACCCAUCACCCAUUAUUCCCACUCACCCCACUCACCACUAAACUCACUCCUCUCUAAUUCUCUUCGAUUAAAAAAAGGAAAAGAAAAAAAGUUAGGGUUUUCUGGUUCUCUCAUCUUUUCCCUUUCAGACAUGGGAGGUGGCAACGCCCAGAAGUCAAAGAUGGCUCGUGAGAGGAAUCUCGAGAAGCAGAAAGCUGCCGGCAAGGGAAGCCAGCUGGAAAAAAACAAGCAAGCGAUGUCGAUCCAGUGCAAGGUAUGCAUGCAAACAUUUAUAUGCACCACAUCAGAAGUGAAGUGCAGGGAGCAUGCUGAGGCCAAACACCCUAAAUCUGAUCUUUAUGCCUGUUUCCCUCAUCUUAAAAACUGAGCAUUGGGGGGGAGGGGGGGGGGGGGGGGGUUUGCAUGUUGAGACAUGAUAUCGUCAUGGCCUCUUCUGUAAAUCUGUCCAGAGAUCUUCAAUUUCUUUUAUAUCAAACGUGUCUGUGUUUGUGUCUUGGGGGUUAGGGAGAGAUAAGAGGGGAUAAUUAGUAUGUUUUUCCCUUUAUAAAGUGUGAGAAACUCUGUUAAUUUUCUCUUUUUAUGUCGAAGUGUAUGUGUUUAAUGAUCAUUAGUGUUAAUAUUAAGCUUCUUACAAAAA